GAGUAGGUUAAAGUUUUAAUACAGCUCUAACUUCACUAUUUAGUACAAGUUAAAAAAAAUCGUAGAUAAUAAUGAAAUGGGAUUUAUUUGAAUCAAAUAUGUCAAAGUUUUCCUCUAAACGAUUUUUUUAAUAUAGUAAUGAGACCCUACGUGAAACCGUAAUCUGCUCUUCGCCAUUAAAACGGACUUUUUAACCGCUUUGACUGAAUUUUACGUUAGUCAUAAAAUUUAGAACUAGUACGUCAUUUCGAAACCCUUUAAAAUUUUAUAGCUUAUAGCUAAUUCAUAGAAUAUUUAUUUAAAUUAAAAAAAAUGAAAAAGGGGGAAUAUAUACUAACAAACAAUUAUUUCCUAGUUCUCUUCUAUAAAAUUUAAUACAUUUAUAAAGUUUAAACUUCCUUAUCUCCAAAACGAUUUUUGCUCGAUGCACAUCUUUACGUUUUAGGCUGAAAGGUACAAGCAUUUAUAAAUACGAGACAAAAUUAAAGUAUUAAUGUUUUGGGAUACUGAACUCUCAAACGGUGUCUGUUUUCUUCUUACAUAUGAACUGUUAAGAUUUUACCACGAUGUGAAGGUCAAAAAGUUCAACAAAGAAGCACGGAAAGCAACUUUUUGGUAACGUUCAAUUGGAGUAGAUUUAAAUAGUGCGGUUUAUUAUACAAUAAGCUUUAAAUGCUUGUACCUGUUAGGCUCAACAGUCGGCAACUUAAAAAAGGUCUUCAAUAACUUUUUACGUCUUUCCAUUUUUUUAUUUUAUGACAAAAAUAACAAUGUUUGAUGCAAAAUAUAUCUAGCCUUCCAAAGAAUGUAUACUUUUAUUCCGCAGUGUUGGACUUACAGACAGUACUCUUAACAUGGGUAAGAGGUGUUUCAUGUAUUCUUAAGAUGGCUAUAAUGAGGUUAUAUAUACAUAUAAAAACCCACAAGCUGUGUGUUUUUUAAAUGUAGGUGUAGUUCUGCAGAUAGAAUUCGAUAUUAUUCGAAAAUCAUUGAUUCGAAUGUAUUAUUUCUUUCUAUGAUUUCGAAUUAAGUUGGGAAGUUAUCAGCAUGUUUCUUUCCUUCUAUACUCAUAGAGACGGGGUUUUUUUUAACUUUAUUUAAAAACUUGUUCAGACUUCCUAAACUAUCAAUUUAGGUGUGUCAUACCUCUAUCAGUUAACAUUCAACUGUAUAAAAUUUCCAAAUACUGACUUGUAUCUUUGAUUUGAGACGCUCUAAAGCGAUGUUACUGUGUUGAAAACUUCACCCUGUAUGCAUUUUUUGUUCUUUUAGGUAGUAAAUAAUCUAAUAAUAGAAACCAAUCGAAAUGAGUAAGAUUUUGAAUAUGGCGCAAGUUGUCUUAGUAACCAGGCCUAAAAAAAGUUGAAAUAUCGAGGCUGAUCAUCAGCCUUAUUGACGACGAACAGAUGUCCACUGGAUAAAGACAAGUUAAAUUCAAGUACACAGUUUUCUAUCUAAGUGUGUUAAGAAUACAAACUGCUGAUUGAAAUGUUAGAAAAGUAGUGAGAAGAGAUGCUGACGUCAGCAGUAGUUGGCACUUUUUAAGAGUCCAACCAAAUAACCUAUCUGCUCUAAACUUUCAGUUUCGCUAAUUUUGUAUAGAAGUAGCCUAUAUAAUGUGGUGACAAACUUUCAAAUUUUCUAUUUUGUCUCGAUAUUUUGUGAAGUGUUGUCAUAAGUUGCAAUCAUUCUUCUCAUCUCGUGGUAAUGUUUGUGAUCAAUAUUAUGUGAUUAUAGUUAGGACCGAUAACAGGACCAUUGGAGAAAUUAUUAGUUAUUCUAUUCCUGCAUGUUUAUCUGGAAUUUCUAGGAAGGGUGUCAUGAUGCCACACUUUCAAAUCCUAUCUUCAAUAUAAUUUUUACCCUAACUUACGCAGGAACGAGAUAUAUAUUUGUUGUUUUUUGACAAAGAUUCUGACUGCUAUUGUAGGGUAACCUCACCUUUAGACAACAAGCUGCGAAUCAGCCAUUAUACAAACGGUAAAAAUGUAAAGAUUUUUGAGCCUUGGUUACUGAUUUUGCUUCAAAAUUUAAAGAAAAACAAGGAUUCUCAAACUUCCUGAACGGUUAGCUAAAACCUUUUUUCCUGAAACUGUGCGGUAUCCCCUAAGAAUAUACGCAAGUAGUCGUCUACUUUUGGAAAAUUUAACAGGGAUUCUCCCGCCGUAGCAAAAUUAUUAAAACCGUAUCAUAGUUGUUAUUUGUAGCUUGAAUUAUAAUAAAUUAUAAUAAAUUCUAAUAAACGAACUUCAUAUAAGCAACUUCUCAUACGAACUUCUUUGAAAUGAUACGAACUUUAAUACGGACUUUAAAAUUUUGAUGAUGAAAAAGUUCGUAUUAAAAAUAAAAUGAUACGAAAGAUUUAAUAAAUAAUACGAAGUUUUUUAUACGAAUUAUGCUAUUUACGUACGAACAUUUUGAGGCGAUCCCUUAGCAUAACCCGGUUUUACAGACAGCCAACGAUUAUUUUUUUAGCGACUUGUUGUUAACCCGUGGAAAAAUCUACGGGUCUGCUUGUCCUCAGAUUUUCGCCCGUAUCCCGUACAUCGCUGUUUCGUGGAUCGUCAUUUUGAACAAAGUACGGGUAUUAUAGCGAUAUCCUGCAAAAAAUUCAAUGUUGCAAAUAAUUCUUUCUUCGGUUUUGUUUGCAUGGACAAAAAAAAUUUCUAAACAUCCUGAUGACGUCUGUGAUCGAUACGUUGGUUUGAAUACGAUAUUCUGAAAAACUAUUUUAUUUUUAUUGUUUUUGAAUAGCUCUGUUAUUUGUUUUUGUUGCACAAAGUGGAUUUUUCCAUGGGGUUUAAAGUUAGUUUAUUUAAAUUAACGUGAAAGUAAUAUUCUAAUUAUUCAAAUCGCACCUGGCUUUUUUAUCGCAGCCUCAAUUUUUUCAUACCACCUCGCUAGCGUUCAAUGUAAACAAACAAACCAGUAGAUGUUUAUAUACUCUGUUUAUUCUUGACCAAUCAAAACAAACUUUGUUAUGUUUUCAACGAAUGGUGAGCCAUAAUCAACUUUUGAAUGAGUUAAACCAGUCAUACAUGAGAGCUGUUUUUCUUCGAUAUUUUUAAUCGUUUAUACAGUGCAGUGAAAAGCAGAAAGACAAUGUUUCCGGACAACGCUGGAUAUAAUAUUACGUUGGCUAUCAUCUUUGUAUUGGGCAUUCUAGGGAACGUCACUUUCAUCUUAUACCAAGUGAUCAAUAAACCCAAAACAUCUGUUGAUAAAUUCUUUCUCUGUUUAUCAGUUGUCCAGUUGCUCGUGGUUGUAAUUGGAAUUCCAUUCGUAAAUAGUAUAUGGUUUGGUGAGGCCUACCAACAUGGUGCGGUUGGUUGCCAAGGAUUCGUACCGCUCCAUUCAGUGUGUGACAUUUGCGAGGCACUGUUGUUGUGUGUGUUAGUCGCCUCUUUGGCGGAGAAAUUGAAAGGAGAUGAGCGUGUUCUUCGUCACAUGGUGUGGAGCCUCGUUCUCGUGUUUUUAUCAGCUGUUGUCAUGACAAUGCCGUAUUUUGGAGUUAAUGUGCUUACUAAGAGAAAUAUUGGUGGAAAAAUGCAAAAGGUCUGUGUGGAGGACUGGAACGAAGUUGCUUCGCGCAUAUUUCGCCUAGUUCGCGUCGCCUUUCAAUUCAUCGUUCCUUUGGUUGUUUUUAUAUAUUUUAAUGUAAAAUCCUGGAAGAUAAUAUCGUUCAUGCACGAGUAUAUUGGAACGAAAAAAGUUCGGGCAAAGUAUCAAAGUUUCUCGAAGGUUGUAGCUGAAACAAACGAUAGUUCUGAACCGAAUUAUUUAAAGUUCACUGAAUCGGAAGAAAUGAAUCUGGAAAUGAAUCAAAUUUACCAACGGGAAAACUCGAUCUCAUCGAUUCAACAAGAGGAAGGCUCCUCCAAUGUUUCCGUGCAAAUCUUCACGAAUGAAAUCACUAUUGAGAAGAUAACAAGUAAUGCGCCAUUGUGGAAGGGAAAAAUUCCCGACACGAAGUGGAAGCAGGAGAACGAGUUUCAGAAGUUGGCUUUCUCGAUUAAGUGGUUUAAAUACACACGCAAUCUCUUCUACAUUUCGUUUGCUGCUUCAAUUUUAUUUAUCACCAGUGUUUUUCCGAGUGAAGUGAUGACUGUAUUUUCGCUCGCCGUACCUCCACUCGUCUAUAACGAUGCAGAAAGAUCGGCUGCCAAGGCUGUGUUUUGUUUACGUUUUUUUCCCGCCAUUGUAAACCCGUGGUUGUUUUUAUUCGGCAUUGUAAAGUAUCGUCGGAGCAUUUUCAAAUGUAAGAAACGUUGCUGUUAACCUCGUGUAAACCGCGUGUAACGCGCUAUCGCUUGUAUUUACAUAUUUAUUGUUUACGUGUACGUUAACCGAUGUAACAUUGAUCAAACAUGAAACCGUGUGUGCUAUUUUUUUUUCAACGUCUCAGUGUAUGCACUUUCUCGAAAAUGUAAAAUAAAAGUUGUUCGGCUCA